AUGUAUCGGGUGGUCCUUGACGAUGUGGACGCGACGCCCGACAACAUCGUCGAUCCGGAUUAUGUGACAAUGGACGAGGCAUACACUCACGCGGCGUUCGGGACGAAGGCCGGAGCGAGAAGCGACAUCGCCCUAAAAGCGGCCAAGUCGAAGACGACAGUCGAUAUGGCUAUGAAGGUGUACACAACGACAAUCUCCCUAGACGACAUACAUAUCGAUCACACAAAGAACACCGGCGAGGGAUUCACGUCAGACGAUUUCGACUUGGACAUAGCGCCGUCCGCUUUCUACAUGACGAAGACGACGCCAAUCAUGUCGUACCCGGAGCAGCUGUUCGUCGUGCUCAAAGAGACGGAGACGCGGUUCCUGUUCGAGUUGCCGCGGUGCUCGUACGAAAAGGGCACCCCGGAAGGGAACGCCGUCGAAGAGCAGAACAACUUCUACCAGUACAUAACGGUGGGGAAGGGGCGCAAUCGGAAGACGGUCACGGUCGAGACGCAGACGAAAGAGUGCGUCGCUCAGUCGCGGCACACGCUGGCGACGAGGCCGCAGAAGAAGAACGCCCCUGCGUUCGCGUCGCUGUGGGACAUGCACGAUACUUAUGCCAGACUCUCGGAGACAGUUCGGGAGGAGGAGCCGGACGAAAUGGUCAUGUACCAGUCGGUGGAGCCCAGGUUGCUGCGGAAGAAGAAACCAGCUGCGCGCGUCUCUGUCGCCAGGGGUAAGAGCUUUGAGGAAAUCUCCCGCACGCCGGAGUUUCUAGACGCCGUUCUCUUGACAGAGCGCGUUCUCGCGACAAUGCAAUUGGCCGACGCCCAGAAGAAGUUUCGCGGUCUCGUACGUUUCAAUCCGUUCUCAAUAGAUCUCGUGUAUGUUUACUCUUUGAAACCGCUUUGGACUCUCGAAUGCAACGAGACUGCUGGCCGACCAAUCACCGGUAUAUCGUUCAACCCAAAGAAUGAUGAUAUACUGGCUGUGGCACACGGAAAGUUCACCUACGCUGACACGUUCGACGGCUUAGUGACCAUUUGGUGCACGAAAAAUCCAUGCGUACCGGAAAGGUUGUACCAUUUCGACGAGCCGUUGACCGCCGUAGCGUUCUCGGACAAGAAUCCCAAUUGGCUGGCCUGCGGUUUUAAUAAUGGAGACGUGCUGAUAUUAGAUGUCACUUCGUACUCUGUAAGAACCAUGGCGCAGAGUAAGCGUGACACGAAUCCCUGUUUCGAGCCGAUUUGGCGUAUAAACUGGCGGGUAAUUGAUUCGAUCCACUAUGUAAUAACGACAUGCCAAGACGGGAGGAUCAAUCGAUUUAGGAGUACGAAAACGCACGACUUUAUUUGCUCGCCCAUGAUGCGUUUAUCGACGGUCGAGGGGAAAAUGAAAGGGUUGGAAACGGCCAAGCCCUGUCUCAAAGCUGACGUUCCCAUUGUGAGGCAACCCGCCGCGCUGUGCAUGAAGUGGCUCCCCAGGGUAGACCACUUGUACUUGGUUGGUACCGACGAGGGGUGCAUACACAAAUGUUCGACUCACUAUCUAAACCAACAUAUCGACGUUAUCCGAGCGCAUUCGGGGCCAGUUUACAGUAUGGAAUUUUCGCCGUUCAUGGACACGUUACUCCUAUCCUGCGGCGCCGACAACGCGAUUAGGCUGUGGCUCGAGGGCAUUGACGACGUCAUCAUGACGCUGAACUGCCACGCCGCGGUAUACGAUGCGGCCUUUUGCCCCGUGAACUCGACCGUGAUCAUAUCCGUCAGCGGCAACGUCCUCUCCAUUUGGGACCUGCGUCGCAAGAACCAUAUUCCGUGCGCCGAGUACACCUUCCCCGGGAAUGUGGUGCUAACGUUCGUGACAUUCUCCAAAUCGGGCGACAACGUGUACGUCGGCGACACGCUCGGCCGGGUACACACGUUCCACCUAGAGGACACGCCCAUACCACCGUUUUAUCAGCACCAAAUAUUGGACGAGGCGAUCAAGAAGGCGCUUUGCACGAGGCCUCAGCUGCUGAAGCAGUUGGAGAAAAUUGAGAAAUACAAGGAAAGACACACGAAG